AUGCCCAAGCGAAGGAGGAGCGACGAGGAUGGCGGCGGAGAGUAUGCUCGUGCAAAGCGAAGUCGCACAGGCUCCAGACGAAAUCUGCUCGACAUUAGCGACGAAAUCCUCCUCCGCAUCCUUUCCUAUCUACCUACCCGCGAAUUACUGCGGACCGAGUGCGUGUCACGCCGGAUGCGAGCCCUUGCCACGGACGGGGGGAUUUGGAAAUUGAAAUACCUCGAUACAUUCACCAGGCCUCGUUUGAGGGCGCCUGCGGUGGUAGCGAUCAGUGGGGAGUCGAUUGACUGGAAGAGUCGAUUCAAAACUAAAACAAACUGGUCCAAUGGCAAAGCGAGACUUCAUGAACUGGAAGUUGCGCGCCCGCCCGCUCGCCCUGUAAUUGCCAAAGUGCACAGCGGCGUCAUAUUCACUGUCGACCCCUCAGGGCUUCGAGCUUGGUCGUCGAAACAAGGGACAAGGACCUUGCGAGCACAUUUCCCCCUGGACACGACAUCUGGAGCAACCUGUCUGUCUACGGAAACUGUGGGCGGACGGGUCAAGGUUCUGCUUGGUUUCGAAGAUGGCUCGUGGUCGGUCUACGUCUAUGAACGGGACCAAUUUGAGGUCCAUUUUACUCAUCUAUCUGCCGACGGGCCCUUGCUAGCCGUUUCGCUCUCCCAUCCCUACGCAAUGACAGUUUCUAGAACAAAAUUUCUGAGCAUUUACCAUCUGGGUACCGCAGCCUCCCCGAGUUCAUGCUGCCAGGAUAUAUCCACUGUCGCGCGGUUUCAGUCGGAUGCUUCCUUUUCGCCUAUAUCGGUAUCUCUCCGACGCGCGCCUAGUGGCAUCAUUGCUGCGGUUGCGUACGCUUUUCAGAGACUCCAUUCUGGGUGGUGCAUGGGUGUGCAAGAGAUCCGACUGAAUGCGAAUGGACGUUUCCUCGGGAGCAGACUGGCCUCUACUCUUGAGACGGCGUUAGACAGGGAGACUGCGCGACAGAACAAGUUCAACAUGACGACGCGAUUCACCAGCUCCAUGCCAUUAGCACUGCAUCCUCAGAUGAGAAGUCCACCAACUUCUCUUUCUUAUGAGCAUCCAUACCUGAUUGGCACGCUGGCGGACAAUACUAUGAUGAGUUUCCUCGUGACCUCGAACCAGGACAGUCUUGAGAUCGGUCCAGGCCGACGGCUCUGGGGUCACACUUCUGCCGUUUCCGGUGCCGAGGUCAACAACAGGGGCAAGGCAGUGUCGAUCAGCUCUCGUGGAGACGAAGUACGGGUGUGGGAACUAGAAAACGUAAUGACGGGGUUCCCAGCCAAAACAAGCACUCGGAUCAGACCUGUCGAGGCGUUGUCGGGUAUUGCAGCCGCAUUGGCUCGACGGGGUACUGGGUUGGGGCUUGCUUUGCCUGAGGUGAAACACGAACUCGAGCUGAAUAGACGGUGGGUGGGGUUUGAUGAGCACCAGGUUGUUGUGCUGGGUGAAACAGCAGACCACACACAAAUAAUGGCCCUGUACGAUUUUACGUAG